AUGACGGAGUACUUGUCAGUGUUGGAUGCCACGGAAACGGGCGAUGGACGGAGUGUAGGGAGUGUCGUUGCUUCAGUCCAGAAGGAAGCUAGCUCUAUAUGCUGGGCUCAGUUCUUCACACCAGCCAGUUUCACAGAGGACUAUGCUUUUACCACCUAUCUCGGAAGGCUCCCGGGACUUGAAGUACCCUCUUCUGAUAUUGAAGCAACAUGCAGCGUCGACUCAUCUGCCACCUGCACGGGGACAGGCGCGUUGCAGUUAAACUCAGCUUUAGAUGCAAAGGGGCAACCGAUGAAAACUCUUUUUUUGGUUCCCCCAAACAUGACUGUGGCGGCGGUCCCCCAGGAUGAAUGUCCUUCGUCACCCGCGGAGGUCAACUUUAAGACUCCCACAGGCGAAGAGGGGUUUGUUUCGGAGGAAGUAGAAAGCAGCUUCACUGCGGACUCUGUGACGAUUACACUGAGCCGGACUUCAACUCUUCUGGGGCAGCGUGGGUCGGCAGUCGUGUGCGUAGUGGACGACGAUUGCACAGAUCCUGAUUCAAAGCCAUGCGUGAAGAAGCUGGGAACUGCCAAGUGGAUCGGGCCAACUGUGUCGUCCUCCACGGAGAAUAUUUGCGAACAACUGGAGGCUGGCCGCUGCCGAGUCACAAUUCCAGGCUUCGCAAUGACUUCCAUAGAUUACAGUGUACCCAGGCUGGCUCUUGCCAGUAGCUGCCAAGAUCCUGACUCGACCCCGUGGGUUGUAGCUGAAAACGAAGGCGUAGAGGAGGGAGCAGCAACUUUCCUAGUGCCUGCUGCGGCGGGCUGGGGACUCGAGCUGUGUUGGAAUCCCAAGGGCGCUCCUGUGUCCGCUGCGGAUGCGGACUCCGCUGAAUUCAAAGCAAACUUUGAGUUCACAGCGUCCACUAUCUCGUUUCUACCUUUACCCGUCGUGAGAGAGCUCGAGGUCUCUAGGAAUUCCCCAUUUUCUGCAAGUGUGGUGGUUCGAGUGAGUGUUCUGCUGGAUGAGGCAAGGGUCAAGGCGUUUGGCGGACGAAUUCCAAAGCAAGGCUUGUGGUGCAGCAUAAGCGCCGAGUCAUUCACGGACGGUACCGCCUGCAGCAGCAGCAGCAAGCUCGUGAACUUGCGCCAGGCAGAAGCACCGAAAUUCGAGAAAGUGCUGGUUCGCAGUCGCGAAGAUGGUUCGUCUGUGGAAACAGGCACAGAUGGCACAGAGGCCACGGUAGCCAUUAUGUCGUUCAUUGUUCCGGCUGAUGCACAGCCGAAAACCAUCUGCUGGACUUCGGUUAUUUUCGAAGGGAACUCCAGACCCGUCAAGAAAACCUGGACACCGCUUGUAAGCGUCUCUGGUCCUGUGGCUGCUCGCCUUGGAGGUUCCGUCUCAGACACUGCCCUCGACUUGGGUUUCGUCCCGUGCACGUCGAGCAACACUGACUCCGCUGCCUGCAUCUUCAGCGUGACUGCUGGACCGGCGGAGGACCCUGCUAUGUUUCCCCUCAACGAGGCGUGGAUCCUUCCAGAGCAAAGCAGUGUGGUUAUGCUGCCUGGAGACGCUGAGUGCCCCGACGAAGACAGUGACGUUUUUGAAACUGCUGUGGAGCCGGAGGCCUCCCAGUCAGAUUUCAGCUUACCGUUGAAGCUAUCAGCUGAGCCUCUACCUGGUGAAGGGGUGGUGGACUAUGUGACAUACAAGUUUGACUCUGGGAGAGCUUGGCUUUCUGAGCACGGCUCCGCCACAAUAUGCUGGCGGGACGAUGCCACUCUCAAGUGGACCAAAAUCAGUCAAGCGCUUUGGGUUGGGCCUCUCUAUGCGCAUAAGCCCAUAAGUGUAUCCUGCUCCCACAAUGGCGCUUGCCCACUUACUGUUGAAGGCAAAAAUCUCACGAAGCUAGACCACUCUUUCAGCAGGGUGGCGAUCCUGCAGAAGUGCGGAGCAGCAAAGGGACUUGGAACUGCGCAGCUUCGGUCCGCAAGGGUUGGGGCUUCAAGCUUCUUGAUUCUGGGUUCUCACGUUUCUGGAAGCUUCUUGACAGAGGAAGACCUGGAGCCAGUGCAUUUCUGGGCACUCCCCAACAAAAUCUUCCGCACGCGCUGCAAGCGGGGUACGGCUCUUGAGUUUGCGGAGGCCAAGUGGAUAGAUACGCGUGGGGUCUGCGGGGACGUGGAUGUGACGGACUUGUUGAACGCUCAGUGCAGAGGCGAGAGGCUUUGCUCCUUCAUGCCUGUGGCUCAAGGACCUUUCGAGUCAGCCAGAGGCGCCAGCGCUGCCAUACAGGUCGCCGUACCGGACACUUGCGAUGACACGAGCACAAGGAAGCUUUCGGGAACGUAUCGCUGCAUUGAUGUAAGAACUUCCUUAGCGGAAGAAGAACGCGGUUCAGUAGGCGAGCUGUUCGCGGGUCCGGUUAUGGUGGAGCUGUCCACCAAAGUAAAAGCCAGGGACAUUCCGUUGGAGCCUGCCGGGCUAGGACAAGUAUAUCCAGGACUAGGAGAAGCAGGACUUGGACCAGAACUAGAAAUACCGCCACAACUACCGCCACAACUCGAGCCGGACCAGGGUGGAGGAUCCGUAGGACCCGGAGGAGAAGAGUCAGAGAACACUGGCUCCAACGAAGAUGGUUCCAACGAAAGCAAUGCUGUAUCCGAUGAAAGCGUAUCUUUCUGGGCCCCUCAGGGCGCACCAGGACUUUACGAGAUUUGUUGGAACCCGCUUAUCGCUCGUAACGAUGAUCCGUCUGCAUAUUCAGAGUUCCUAGGUAUCCUCGAGGUCGUAGCUGCCAUGUCAAUCAUUGAUGAAGUGGUUGUAUGCACGGGCGCGGAGCUUACCACUUGCACCCUUCAGGUGACCGUGGGUUCUGAAGAACGCAUGGAGGACAACCGGUCGUUGGGCUUGCUGAUCGAAGAUCAAGACGGGAUUGCUACUUGCGAGACCGUUACUGAGGAGCGGCUACGGGCUGCUGUCAUCUUGCCCCACCAGUCGGCGUGGAGUGAUGCGAGUUCUCUUACUGAGCUGACAUAUUCGACGGAGCUACCAAUGGAAAGCAAGAAACUGUGCAUUGUGGCUGUGAACACAGAGCUUGAAACCUUCGGCACACCGCAGUACGUGGGCAACAUUCCAGGACCGUCCGCUCCUGCGGAGCUUCCCAGUGGCCAGGAGAUCUGUUUGAACGGUGACAUCAACGACUGUGAAGUCACGGUUUCUGCCGAAAACGUCUCUAAGUAUUAUACUCUUGACAACCGUGCUGUUGAAGAAGACGAUACGAGCCCUUCCUUCGAUGCAUUCGCCAACUUGAAACCGUACCUCGAACCAGAUUCAAGCAUGUAUGCGUUUCAAGGAGACGUUUCCUGCCCUGAGAGCGCGUCGGAUGAAAUGUAUUUAAACGCAACCACAGUCCCCGCUGAUGGUGUGGCGAAGUUGGUGUUAGGAGCCUCAGGAAUCGAUGGUCUAACAUUUCGCUUGACGCCUGAUCAGAAAGAUUGGCUUAUCUCCAGCAGUGGUGUCACCUUAUGCUGGGCGCUGCCAUCGUGCUCUGCAGACCGUCUGAAGCACGGAUCCCGGCCCUGCACAAAGCGCGUUGGAAAACUUACAUGGGCCGGCCCCGUUGUUGAGACGCCGUUGCCAGCCAUCCGGUGUCGACUCGACCAGCCUUGUGUGUUUGUAGUAGUAGGGAUGAAAAUGGCGGCGAUGAGUCACGAAAUGAGUCGGUUGGCAUUUGUGAAGUCUUGCGGGAGCACAGAAGGACCCGGCAUUGGCAUCGUGAUGGAGUUCCCCCAAGGAUACAAUCUCCCCAAGGGAAGGACAAGCCAGUCGAGUUUUGUAGAGCUUAAGGCAGGUCGAACGAGGAGAAGAAGCAGCCAUGCGGCACGCAGGCAGAAGUUGCCUCGUUUGGAGGACGGGAUCGUAUCCUUCGUACAAGAGGAUGAUCAGGAACUUGUCUCAACCGGCAGCAUGACUUUCAUGUCACCGAUGCCUGUCGACGACACGAUGGCAGUAUGUUGGAACCCCUUGCGGACCCCCACAAACCGGUUGGAAGACUUUACCUUCGAGAUUGGAAAGGUUUACGGCUACGGCCUCGACGAAAUAACCGCUUUCUGUGUGUCGGGUUCCGUUUGUGGUAUCGACAUCAUUACAAAGGGAUCCAUACUGAAUGAUGUGGCUGUGAAUAUAAAGGCCUUCAAAGGCAUCUGUGGGCAUCAAUUCGCCGUUGCGCAAGAGCUCCCGGACGAAGGCAAAUUUCAUUUGAUUAGCGGGAAAACUUACUCAUUCUCCUCGCCAAUCGGGGCCAAGGAGGCGGGACUUGAAACCUAUGAAUUGUGCUGGUGUGACGAACUUUCGCUGACUAAGUGCAGCUCGACCAGCUAUGUCGAGCGCAUCGGUUCUUUGGAGGUUCAGACCAUACCACAACUGCAAGUGAUGUGCAUAAAGGCGGCAAACUCCCAGUGCAAAAUAACCCUUCCCGCGACCAUGGAGAGAGAUUCGCUUGUGUACAUUUCUAAGCUCACGAGCGAUUUGUCAACUACUUGUACUACCCCGAUCUAUGUACUAGAAACAAAACGCGGAGUUAUCAUCGACGACAAACUUGAAAUUGUCGUUGAUGUCAGCUCCUUGGAAGCCGCAGGCCUCCUUGGCAUCUCCCUGGCGGUUUGUUGGACCCAGGACGCGGGUAUAUACACAAAGAACAUCCCUGCAUGGAGUAGUUCGUUCAUCGGUAGAAUGAUAUUCGUUGACCCUACGACAGGUGCAAAUAAACUUUAUGCUGGCUUGGUCCCCGUCAUCCGCUUCGACGUCGUUGGCUUAGCCGGAGAUGAAAUGACGGAAGAUGGUUUGCCGCUCUCUUUGCAGCAGCUCUAUCUUCAGGACAACGGAACUUGCGGGUCUUCAGUAUCAGAUGUUAUGGUUCCUCUAACUGUGCACUCAGUAGAGGAGAUGAAAGGAGGAACCCGCAUUCAGAUCACCUUUGGAGCGUCCAAGAAGCUUCAAAUUGUUCUGGGGGAUGACGCAACAAGCGUGCAUGAGCUUUCUGUCUGCUGGUGCGACAACGAUUCGAGUUGCGCCAAUUCAAAAGACUUUGACUCGGAGAUUCUAAAGGUGGCGUUCCUGUCUCCAGCCUCAGGGGUAUCUCACGAAUGCACUUACGACACCACCUGUCUCAUGAGCAUUAAGGAUAUCCCAAUGACGGAUUUCGCGUCGUUCAUUCCUCAGAUCCUUAUCCGAUCUGACUGCGCAGAUGACGCGAUGGAUGAGACACUUCCGAACGGUGGCGUGAUGUCACUGAGAUUGACCGCAGCAACGGAUACUACCACUGAGUCAAGUUCCCCAUAUGAAGAACACAUGUAUGGAUUUAGGUCUCUAGUGGAUCGCAAGUUGGCUCUAGCUGGCAUGCAGCAGGUGCAGAAAAUGAUAUGCUACUGUACUGAUUCAACACGAUGUACACCGGAUCGUCUUGUGAACAUUGGAACGCUGACUAUUAGCGACGUAUGGAAUACUGAGUUUCGGGUGCCUUUAGUACAGCGCAUUGAGCUGCCGUUCACUGUCCACAGUCCACUGCAGCAGCAAGACAGUGAGCGGAAACUGUCUGUAACGCGAGGGGGCAACUCGCUCCCUUGCGAGUUGGAGGAACAAGGCAACGUCUGCACAGUUAGCUUUCAGGACUUUCCGGCGGACACCUUGUCAUCUCCUGACCCAGCCACGCUCCAAUAUUACGAUUCAAGCCUUCCUCAGGACACCGUCGAUACUCGCCCCGUUCCGUACGUGGCGAUAGCGUCUCUAAUACCUGCAGGCCCGUGGAAGGCGGACUACUCGUUUGUAUGUCUGGUCGGAGGUUCCUGCGAAAUCACAAUCGAUGUUGUCAACUGGCAAACAGAAGACAAAGUAGCCAUGCUGUCACAUUGUGGACACGAUGGAAUGGGUGAAGUGGGCUUCAACCAGAUUUCAGAGGGUGUCGAUGGCAGUUCUACAUCAGUUGUGUUCCGGUGGGUAGAUCCUUUGGAACUGUCAGCGAGCCAAAUGGAAAGCGGCCUCGAGCUGUGCUGGAAAGCAGUCGAAGAAGAAAUAUUUCCUCUGGAUUCCAUCAGUGACUACUCGACGAAGUUCGGUACUAUUUCGAUUGCAGGCGUCUUCCCCAACCAAGAUGCAUCUUGUUACGUCGGUCAGAAGUGUGCAGUGCAGGAUAUCAAGGCCCAGAACCUUUCGCCAGGGACGCAUGUCGCAGUGCUGCACGGGGGUUGCGGCGGCGACGGAACUGAGUGGAAGGAUGUUCCAAACGGAGGACUCAUGGUGACGGAUAUUGUCAGCGCGAAGGAAAUAACACUUUCUUUUCCGGAAAGGCUCCCAGUCAUGGGUGUCGGCUCGCUAGUAAUGUGCGGCUGUAGUGAGCGCGAGUGCACUACUAUGCAAGACUAUGGUUGGCGCAUUGGGGAGUUGUCGUUUAAAGGGCCAGUUUCCCACGCAGCCCCUCUGGAGGUGUUUGCAACUUCCGACGUUCGCCUAUCUUUCUCGGGGGAUUUCGACGACAUGUUUUAUUUGGUGUUAAAAAGAGGGGUUAGCUGCGCAACUGGCGAGACAGACCCGUCGUGGAAAUUGCAAGGUUUCUCACCAAUCACUCAGGGCAAGGCUGCGUGGGCGCCUUUCGACGCCGGUGAAGGGCCCCUUUCCGUAUGCAUUUGCCACGAUAAGGUGGCAGGGCUGUUGGACCCCUUUGGAGACCCAGAUGAGGCCACAGCCGUCUGCGGGGACGUUUCAAAUUACGCUGUGAAAGUCGGCCAAGUCUUUGUCAACGGGCCAAUUAAGCAAGGAGUUGACUAUAGUUGCCGGUCAGGAUCAAUUUGCACCGUAACACUUCAGUACAUUGCAGUGGACACAGAGACAACCAGGGCAAGAUGGGCAAAGAGCCAAGUUUACUCGCAAAAAGAGCACUGCAGUGUCGCUGGGACAGUGCUGAUGUCUGGGGGUUCUUACAUUAGCGACAUUCGAGUUGGAGAGCUAACUACAUCGACGGACCCGAAUUACCCCAUUACCUACGACACGCGCGAAUCUGCCUUUAUGUUCCAUGACCUUGUGGAGUCGGGGGCAGGAAAGUACAACCUCUGCUGGAGACAGGACGGCGCCACAACGGGUUUGACGCUGGGGUCUUUCACCAUUCAAGGCCCUCUUACGGCUCAAUCCAUUUUACCGGUUGUAAUUGGCAGGAAGUUCGCAGUUGAAAUCCCUAUGAGCAGCAUUAUCGACGAUGAGGAGGCUGCAAACUAUCGCAUUCGGGCAUACGCUUACAAAGGCAGCGACAUAUUGAAGAACUUUUCCUGCAGACAGCAGACCGACGAGUAUUCUGCCCCUGCAGCAUUCGGUUGCUCACCGGUCACUGGACCUCCCACAGCGGUGAAGAAUAGUGAGGUUGGCAGCAUCCUCGUAUGGGAAGAUGUAUGCGUCAUCGUCGAUGAAGUGUACGACGCAGCAUUAGCAGGUGAUAAGUAUGCCGUUUGCUUCUGCGAUGGAAGUAUGCUGGGGUGCAAAACUGCAGAUCGAUUUCAGCUCCUCGUCCAAGCGUGGGAAUUGUCCGGACCGAAACCACUGGAGCAGGAUAUUCUCCCCCGUUACCGACCUGGUGUCCGAUUCUCUCUGGACGUGCAAGGGGUUAACUUGCUCGACGAUCCAGCUAUCAUGCUUUCGCCUGCCUUUGAUCCUCUCACCAACACCCGGUUUACUUGCCAGAGCGAUGGCAAGUCGCUGAUGCGUACAUUCACUGGCAGUGUUUCUGAUGACCGGGCUGUUGCUACGUUCACUGAUAUAUAUGUCCCCUUCACCAUAUCUCAAGGACUCUUUUGCUGGUGCCCUGCCGGAGAUUGCUCAACUGCGAAUGACUUCAAUGUACAGCUCGGCCGUUUUAGUGUGACAGGUCCCACCUUCAUUGCACCGCGCGUAGUGGUGGGUAGCUACUUCGCCGUCCAGCUGACAGGCCCGAGUUUGAACACAAACGACGCCAUCAGUAUCCGCGCUAGAAAUGAAAUUUGUGGUGAUGCUGGAACGGAGUAUAUGGACCCUGAUCUUGUAAAGGAGGAGGAAAACCGCACGUUGGACAGUUUGGGAACAGUUGAGUCAUUCUCUGUUUCAGAGAAUAGCGUCUCAGGCGAAACGGAGAUGACGUGGACAUCAUGGCGAAUGCGCAUUUCGGAAGCAGUCGAGGGAUACAUGCAAAUAUGCUAUUGCCCGUCAACGGAACAGGAAUGCGAUGGUCCUGGAAGCAAGCUAGUGCUUGCAGGAUUAGUAGAGACACGCGGACCUUCCAAAGGAAACGUCGAGCUUAUUGCUUCUGAAGAAUACGGGGAAUACCUUGUAGUCCGUGGUACCAACUUGUCAACUCGGAACCUUUUAAGGUACUUCCAGUAUACACCCGUUGAAAACUCGACCAGUACAGAAGAACAAGAGGCUGAAAUCUGCUCAAAUUCCCUCAACGCGAACGCCGGAAUAACCACGUAUCCUGAGGGUGUAAAUGCAGCCGGCACGGAACAGUACUUCUCAGUGACGGUUUCUGUGGGUAAGCAGUAUGCAGCCUGCUGGUCCUUUGGAGAUGCUGCCGCAUCGAGAGCGACAUCUAUGUCACGGUCGAGAAUUGCUCCAAGCUUUAUAUCGGCUGAUGACCUGGUCAGCGUUAGAAGAAGUCUAAUAGAAGAGGAACAGUCGGCGUCAUCUGGGGCAGCCCUUGCUGAUCAAUACAUACCUGCAUCGUCAACCGACGAAUCAUCCACUGAUGCCGAAUCCAGGAAGUGGUUUUUCGUAUCGCUUUUCUCCCAGACAGGCUUCCAGCAAGGUGUCCAUAACGUGGUUAUGGGGCACGAAGACACCGUAGUCGUUAAUGGCGUCAUAAACGCAACUGAUACUUACGAGGCGGCACUUGGACGUAAUCGGGAUAUGAGCGAAUGCUCCAAAGUAUUUGAGGUGGCGGAGCUCCAAAGUGGCAUAGGCAUCACCCCAUUGUCUGUCACCGAAAGCCGAAUGGUCCUUCAGAUGGAACCGGCACUAGAGCAGGGCUGGCACAAAAUCUGCAUUAAGAAUAAAGGAAAUUCUUUGGUAUUUGAUGCGGGGACGGUAGAGGUGACCUCCUACUUUCAGAAGUCAGGGAUGGAUAUGUUUGACACUCAGAGAACAUUUGUACUGCCAUGCCUUACAGGAACCAAAAAUUCUCAAAAGGAGCAAGUGAGGGAAGUCCCGACAGUUUGGUUGCCAGAUGGUACAGGUUUGUGGACUGCAAAGGUAGUUGUUGGGGUGCCACGAACGGAGAAGGAGUACUCAACACUUCAGGUCAAUUCAUCACCCAAAGAGAACUUCGUCGAGUUUCCGCAACUGCGUAACGUGCUGGCAUGCGACACGACGAAGGAUCAGAUAAUCCUUGUCCUAGGUGCUACUCACAUGCUGGUUCUCUACCCGGACAGUGGGCGGAGUCCUGAGUUAAUCAACCACGGCGUACCGUAUCCGGCUGAUUUGACGCACGCUGGCGACCAAAUUUUCAUAACCAGCUUUGAUAGUCACUUGAUCACCUCCUUCAGCUUGACGAACCCAUCUAAAAUCAUCUUUUACGAACCGAAGAACCCGACACUGCUCUCUGCAGGGGGGAUUCAGGCAAUCUCAAACAUAGAUGGCAAUGAGACUGCUAUUUUCAUUGCGGAUACCGUCGGAGGUAUCAUUGGUCGGCUGAACAUUUUGCCGAAUGACCUGAAUGAAACAGCUCACGGUGGAAAGAUCACUAGGGAGUGGACUGCAUUAUUUGGCAAACAGAAAUCUGACUUCCGCAAUACGGAGGGUGUAAAUCGCCCAUUCUGCGUUGCUGAGUUUGUAACCCCGUAUUCGACGCAGGAGAACAUGAAUUCAUUGCUCGUCGUCGGAGAGCUGAUAUCUGAUCGCAUCACUUUCCUAAGCAUAGACAACAACAGCAUUUCUUUCUACAGACAGAUCACUUUCGGAGUGACGAAGUUUAUAACAGGUCUUCGCAUCAUUGAUGAGGUCUUGCUUCUGACGGCCAAACAGUGGUCCGUAGAACAACAACUUGGCCGGGCAGAAGUUGCAUAUAUCACGCUAAGCCAGCUGAUAGACAACGUGUACUUUACGUACCCGGAUUUCAGCAAAAAGCUUCAGGCUGGUCUUCGAUAUCGUUUUCUCCCCUUAGUGACAGGUCAGGAGAUCCAAUUUUUCAAAGAGGAUGCAGAAGCCGGAGAUCCGCUACAAUCCAUUGGGUUUACCCUUGACACGAAAACAGGCGAAAUCCAGGGAACGCUUACGGCAACUGUAACUUCAAGAGUGGUUAUUGUCGGUGGUGAUUUGCUCGGAUCUUACACGUGGUCAUUUGAAUUUGAAGCAGGGUGCCAAUCCGGAGAGUAUUUUAAUGAGAUAUCGAACAAGUGCGAGCCGUGCCCUCUAGGGACGUUCCGUGACGAAGAAACGGAACUUCAGCGUUGCCAGGACCACAAGGCCUUCAGUACGACUUUACAGACGGGAUCAACUAACCUGUCGCAGUGUACGAACAUACAAAGCGAUAGCAGCAGACGCAAAAUGCACAGGGCGAUGCCCUCAGCAUAUGUACAGUGGGAAGACGGCGAAGCUGGAUUCUACCGGACAGAAAAUGGAUGUGAAAGCUGCCAGGUCGGGAGCUACUGUGCAGGGGAUCUGUCGCCACCUGUCCAGUGUCCAGCAUUUCAAACCACGUCCUCUCCCGCGAGCUCCAAGUUUAGUGACUGCGUUUGCAUAGCGGGGUACUACCGAGAUGGAGAUGAGUGUGUUCCGUGCGACGUUUUGACGUACAAACCAAUCAUUGGAGAUCACGGGUGCACACAGUGUCCGCAGCCGGCUCUCAGUGUUGUGGCGAGCAGCGAGCUCCUUGCAACCUCUGCUCCAGGCACAUCAAUGUUUUCAAGCAGGCGAGGUUCCACUCAACAGUCAGAAUGCGAAGUGUGUGCCAGCGGAUAUUACUUUGACGCAGUAUCUAUGGGUGGAUGUGUACCUUGCAAGGAGGACUUCUACUGUCCAGGAUUCCAGCUGGGCAUGAUUGCUUGCAAAGAUCUUUCUAUAACGGCGGGGAUCGGAGCCGAGAGUGUAUUCCAGUGCAAGUGCCCCAAGGGAUAUGGUAAAGUUGCCAGCAGAAAUCCUCUGGAUCUGAGCCUAUCAUGCAUUCCGUGUCCCGUCAACUACUUCCAGCACAUGGACGGCUCGGAAGCUGAGUGCAUGCCCUGUCCAUCGAACUCCAUGACAAAAUCUACAAAGUCUUCGAGCAUAACGAACUGUGUUGCUCUUCCGGGUUUCGGUGCUCUAGAGAACUUGCAAGCACUGUCCAACCGUGCGGAGGGGGGUGACACGGAUGACUCGUCCUCGAACACUUUUUUGGAUGCUAUUGAGCUCGCCAAGGAAGUGGAAAAAGCUUAUGAAUCUCUCUAUGCAGAAGAUUUGCUUGCUAUCAACGUAUUUUGCAAGGAGGAUAUUAGCUCAGUCCAAGAGUACGAUAUGGCGGAAUUCGUCACAAUGCAGUAUGCGAUGUCUUUUGCAGAAUGUCAAGCUGCCUGCUUAAAGAAUGUGUACUGUACAAGCUUUUCAUUUUCUAAGGAGGACAGGUUUCCAACCCACACAAACAGCGUCAUGAACUACACCGGCAUUUACUUUUACUCUUUCUGGCCUUGUCACCUGUACAUGUUCGGAUCAGCCGCAGCAGCAGACGUCGUGAAUUGGAGGGACACGUGGGAGGGCACUGAUGUGGAGCCUGGCAAGGGAGUGGCGUGUGUCGUGGGCCGGGUAAAGGAUGAGCUUACUUGGCAAAGGUUCCGUUAUGUCGAGUGUCCACAGAAUGCCUACUGCCCAGGAGACAAGGACGCCAGCAUCUUCGAAUGCCAGGAUUACGCUGUAACGCUCAGUACGGGGGCAUAUUCCCGGGAACACUGUUUGUGUGUCCCCGGCAGGGAGCCCGUGGGGCAUAUGUGCGAACAGUGCAAACUGGGCUUCUACAAGAAUGCCACGGAAAAUAUCGCCUGCACGGAGUGCCCACAAUUCUUCACGACCAGCAUCACCGCGAGUACAAGUGCGUACGAAUGCACCUGCCAAGCUGGCAUGUACAUGGCGCUUCCCGGCACAACAGAUGAAGCAGAGCAGACGGAAAAUACCGAAAACACGGAACAGGGAGAGCAAACGGAACAGAACGGACAUUCGGAGGAGACGGAUGAAGCUUCAGAGCCUCCUUCAGCAGCUGCAUUAGAACCGGCAGCUCUCGAGACAGUCGUUCAUGCCAGAUCGAUUCGGGAACUAGGCAGGGAUGGGGGAAUGGAGCCAAUGUCACCCGGGGGUGUAUCAAUGUUACAACUAGGGCAAUUGCCAUGGAUGGAAGAAGAGAUUCGAGAACAGCUGGAAAAAGUAGUAGAAUUGGGUGUCUGUGUCCCUUGCCACACGGGGAUGUUCUGUCCGGGUCACUGGAAGGAUCCACCCACAAAUUCUACUCAUAUGCCUCCACAGCAGUGUAUUGAGGGAUCCAGCGUCCCCCAGUCUACCGUAAAUGCAGAUUCUGUCGAGAAGUGUCUUUGCCUUGCGGGGUAUGCUUAUGGCCGUUCGUCGGAUGCCGCUGUAACUUCGGAUUCGUAUUUUACGUGUAGUAAGUGUCCUCCAGGCACGUACAAGGAAUUACAAGAAAACUCACCAUGUUCGGGUCGUUGUAUGAAGGAUGCCGAGACGUAUCCUGGGGCAGUGAGCAAGAGCCAGUGCUUUUGUCAGGUUGGGCGCUACGCAGUAGAGACGGAUGAUUCUGAAGGUAUGUUCAGUUGCGUGGAAUGCGUUACCGGAGGCGUUUGCGUCGGUGGCUUCAAACAGAGCGUUAUCAAGGCGAUUGAGGACAAUCCCAGCUAUACGAACAUCACCAUCGCCGACCACACCACUCCGUACCCGCAGAAAGGAUGGUUUGCUACUUUCAAGACCAAUGCUGAUGAACCUUGGAGGCCGAAUUGGUUACCAUUUACAGUGGAUUCUUCGAAUGAAACUUCCAGUGUUUUCGACUUGGGCACUGCUGCCGAUGAGCACGGUGGCGUUUCCUUUGUCCAAAGUACGCGGUAUGAUCGGGUUCCCGAUAUUCACCCCUGUCCUGUAGACUACAGAUGCCAUGGCGGUCCGUCAAAUGCUUGUGCUGAAGGAGGAUCUGGAUAUCUCUGUAGCACAUGUGAGAAGGGCUACGACAUCUCUACCCAUGGAGGGGUAUGCAGCAAAUGCCAGCCACUUUGGUUUGAAGUCGUCUACCUGAUUGCGUCGAGGCUCGUUCUUUGCGUUAUCGCAUGGCUCAUAGCGGCAGUCAGUUGUCUUGCCGUACGAAAUCCAGCCUGCAUUCAUCCUAUUUUAAUCCGAAUCUGGUUGUCUAACUUGUUCGUCUUCUUUCUUUUCGGCUUCUUUCCUGAGAAUAGUGUCUCGGCGCUAGUGGAUUGGGCCCCGAUGUACAGGGUUGUGUUUACGUAUCCAAUAUUUGCAUUCACCAAAUACCCAAAGGUGUUCUGCAUUCUGGACGAGCUGGGUUUCCCGCUGGACUUCAAGAAGUCUUGGUAUCUUCAAAGAUUUGCUCAAAUGCUUGUACCGCUUGUGGAUGUGAGCAUUACUACGGUGAUAUGUGGCAUUGCGCUAAUCCUGUACAAGUUAUACAGGCGCUCCAAGAUCCAGAGGGUUGCGCUAGUUCUGAGUCAUGCUCAAGAAGUCCAUGCAGGCGACAUUUGGGCGAUGCGCACUGUGGAGAAGAUCCAAGGCAUGCGAUGUCUUGGGUUGUUCCACUACAUAUCUCCUGCGGGGGCGACACAGUCUCAAAAAAUCCUGCGUUUCUUUUGUGACCUAGUUCCAGCUUUCAUGGUUAUCUGGUUUUGGAAUUUGCCAUUCCUUGUUAUUGAGUGCACUCAGCUCCUGGGGUGUGUCUCUAUAUCGUACAAGAAUGAGCCGGCCAUGUACUUCUUGACAGCCCUUCCCGAGCAGGAAUGCUCUCUCAACGAGCCAUGGUUCCUGGCUGGUGCCAUCCUGGGGAGUAGCGGUAUUUUGGUUUGGGGCAUUGGCAGUGUCAUCGUCUUCUGCGUAUGGAUGCUGUACACGGACAACGCUGACAAGUUGGAGGCAAGGUUCCGUUAUGGCUUCCUUUCAAAUGGCUAUGAAUAUCAAUAUCGAGCAUGGGAAAUGUUCCUAAUGGCGCGCAAGCUGGCAUGUGCCUGCCUCCUAACAUUACAGCUCCAUAUGAGUGCAUCGGGAACCCAGGAGGUUUUCCGGAAUUCUGUCAACCUCCUGAUUGUUACCAUGUGCUUAAUCAUCCAGCUGCUGAUUGAGCCGUACGACCGACGGAGCCACAAUCUAACAAACCGGGUGGAAUUUAUGGGCCUGCUAACCAACGUCAUCAUCUGUAUCAUCAUUCAAGGGAGCUUUUCGUUCCAGAUUUUCAAAUGGCUAGGGCCGCUACCGAUUGUCCUAUGUGGACUGUUUCACUUGUACGUCUUCUGGAACUUAUUUGUAGAGGCGGGACGAAUGGUGCUCAUGCGCCCGCAUCUGGCAAGGCUGCCGUCACCUUGGAGGUACUUCAACCUGGUGACUCGUUCUCUAGCCAGAUUGUAUACACGAGGACAUGCCAAGGUCUAUUACAACUAUAUCACCAGUGAGAUGGUGCUUGAGGCGGCAGCCAAGUCGCGGGUUUUCCAUAUUCGCAGGAUGAUUCAGAGGAAGAAGAAGCUUACAGACUACAGAAAAAUCAAUUACGAAAACAGAACGUAUUUCGUCUCCGCGCUCACCGAUUCCCUUUCGAGGCUGGUGAUUUCCUGGUGCCAGUUUACGAUUCCUGGUGACUGGUUGGAUUUUACCAUUCGUUAUGCGUUCUGCUACUGCUUCUGGAUGAGGCAUCGCGCCUCCAGCAAUCGAGAACCUCUCGACUUGGAAGAGUUCGAUGCAAUGAGGCCUUCACUUUUUAACGAGUGCUACGUUGAGACUGAGGAUGGAGAUGAUGAUGGUGCCCUAGAUCCAGAGACUCAGUGCAACGAAGUAGAAGAAGAAUUUUUAGACAUGCUUGUUGACGACGACGUGUAUGAUGACAGUCCAAUCACUCUCAUGGAGUUGUACGUAGCAGUGCAGUCUAUGCGUUACAUUCCCAAAGGCCAGCUUCGCCGGCUUCACAUGUGGUACCGCGAGAGGAUGGCUGCCGCUAGCAGCUCGGAUAUGCCUGCACUGCGCAAGGAGAAUGAAGAACUUGAGGCAGAGCUGCAGCAGUUGAGUGAAGUGUUGCGCAACCGCUUUGGCACGCCAGGAGGCGAUAUGUCUUUCAACAUCCUGGAUUUCUUCUUUGCUGUCGAAAUAUUACACGAGGCGGAGGCAGAGAACGCCCGUAUUAGGAAGGACAUCGACAGGGAAAUUGCCAGCAUCAUGAAUGCCCGUGCAGCCCGUUCGGUGGCAAAACGGGUUCAGAUGGAACUAGAUAAGACAGAUGGAGAAGAGCUUGAGGAUAUCCUUAGAUCGUUCGAUGAGGCAGCAGAGAGGCAAACAGACGGGAAGGCGCGUGUGCAAUACCUGGAGGCGGCCGUCGAGGACAGCAAGAAGAAAGUGAAGUCACGCAGGAAGCCGGAGCUUUCGAAGAAACGCAUUGUUGUAGGGUCCAGACGCAUCGCGUUGACGGAGGAACGAAAGCGCAUCCUUCGCCCCAGCUUCUCGAAUCUUGAUGCAGCCGACAGCAAACCCACCCGCAAGUCAUUAUCUCCAGUCCGGUUUGAGAAAUCCGAUUCUACUUACGGCCGUACCAUUUCGCCUGUUGGUUUUGACACCGAUAGAGGGUCUGCAGAUGGCUCAGGCCGCCGGCGUAUUAGUGUAGGGAUGGGGGCAACGGGCACUGAUGGGACUGAAAAUGGCACCCAAGGAAAAUCAAGACGCAUAUCGCUUUCUCCCACACCCAGCGAUGCGUCUGAAGGAGGAAGGAGGCUAGGGCUGCAUACGUUACAAUCCCAGAGCAGUGGAAGUUCAGACAGCAUUGGCAGCCCAGAAGGUGGCCGGCGGACCGUCAGAAGCGCUUCUCGGCUAGGCUCGUCCGACCAUCUCUCCUCCGGUGAUGAGGAAAGAGCGCCUAAGAAAAUUGCCAGACUCGCUUCUCCAAGUGCAUCCUUCGCAUCAACUGACGGGCAAGCAGGCAUUGAGCAGCAAGUGUCACGUCGCAGAGUAGUGCGUAUUGGAAGUGGUACUUCGUCAGAAUCAACUCAAACAGGGACACUUCCCGGGGUAGCCGAGGCGGCGCCAAAGAGAGCCAUCAGAACAGUACGCUCAACAAGCGUGGUGCCGCCAGAAGAAGCGCAGCCACCGACGGCAUCCAGUGACCCUGCCCCGUCUCCAAAGCGGUCCAUUGGGCUCUUUAAACGCCCCCCUGGGCCCAAAGAAGACAAACCGUGA